AUGGAGUUCUUGCGCCGAGUUGGUUCGCUGAGCCAGUUCAGCGAACCCUGCCGAAGGGCCCACCGGUUCGGCUGUUCCCGCCGCCGUAGACAGCAGGCGGACGCAGUUGGCGAAACUCUAUGCUGCUGUUGCCGCCCUUGUGCCCUUGUGAAUCUCGUGGCUGUCGUGACGGCGAGGCUACCGGCGCUGCUCGUCCGGAAAAGCCUUGGGCAGUGGAGGAAGCUUCAUAGGAAGAAAGGCGCGAUCUUGUUGACCGGAGCCAGCGCCUUCAAAGCCGGCGAAGGCUUCAGCGCCCACGGAGCAGCCGGCGGCGGAGAGUCGGUGUGGCAGGGGAGAUCUCCGUCGGCGGAGGAGGUGCCGGAAGUGAAGAAGAUCAAGCGGGCGAGCUUCUACUGCGCUGGGUUCUGGCGGAGCCCUCCGGCGAUCAUAGUGAAAGGAGGAGAAGCGUGA